AGAAAAUGAAUGGGGGAGUGGAAGACAGAGAAGAAGAAGACGAGCAUUGCUUGUGUUUCUACACAUUAUGGACACUACUACAACCUCGUCUUUAAAGAGUGCUGAGAAAAAGGACACUGAUGCGACGCCAAGAGCCCAUAGUCCUGAAAUUGAUGUUGAAGUGAUCAAAUCUGAUUGCUCUACGCCGGAGAAACAGAAUGGAGCAGUUGGAAAUGAGCAGCAGAUGAAUAAUUCAACUUCUACAAGGAGAACUGAUAGCAACAAAAACCUGUCACCACCUCCUCAACGUCUUCGUACAUCUAGUAGUACAUCUGACGGAACUGAAAAUCUAAUUUCCUCUCUAUCAUCUUGGGAUUGGGUUACCAUAGAUGGUCUGAAGCUUCCCGCAGUGACACGUAAUAAAGAACGUUAUGUGGCUGUCCAUAUGGUCCAGCUGAAACUACUGAGCAAGUUCCCAUCGGAUAUUCCACGUGACAUCACACGAAAAUUCACGAUGGGAUCUCACAAAAUGACAGUAACAGAAGCAUGGACAUUCAAUACAAUUAACGCUGUCAUUAGAAAGUUUGAUCUUGGUUGUCAGUUAUUUACGGCAAAUGAUGAACUUGUCAAACUGAAUGAUGUUCAAAUGUUCUAUUGGAAUGUAAAGCUUUUCAAUUUGAAACGUGUCAAUGGGCAAUAUGAGACGGCUAUUUCGUCAGCAGAGAAUAAUGUUCAACUACUGGCAACAGCGAUGCAACUGAAGAAACAAGUGGACAGUGAUAUUCAGGCGGUAUGUGCAGAAUUGAAACGACUCGAAAAGAGCUACUGUAGCAUAACGCAGGAAGAGACAACACUGCAAUUGACAACACAUCAUGCACAAAACUUAAUAUCUUCCAAAUCCUGAUAGUUUAUUCUUAUUUAUUGUUUUAUUUUUUCUUUUCUUGCAGUUGUUUUAAUAUAAAAAAUUUCGAUGAA